AUGAAACAUCAAUAUUUUUAUCGCUGCUUCUCCUUGACCAGUGCUGGUGGACUGAGAUCCGGAGCGUAUGACAACUACUUUGGCCGUCCGAAAUUGUCUGAACACGCCCUCCUCUCCGAAUUCGACUCUCAUCGAAAUAGGUGGAAUGGCCAUCCUACAGCCCUAGUUUCUGUCACCGACCGUCCUCUUGAAGCUCUGAAUCGUGCUCUGGGGAAGUACAACUCCCGGAAUGAAGACAAGAUAUGGAUCAUCUGUAUCAAAGUGCCAAAGGCCGAUGUAGAAAACGGCCCACAUCAUGCUCAGAGGCUCGCAGAGGAGCUUGGGCUGGAUUCAAACGUAUUCAGACAUGAAUAUCUAUUUGAAUGGGAGAUACCUGAGGACUACAUAUUGAGGAUUGUCUCACUUCGAGCAAUCCUCGCUUGGAGAAUCGAAGAUAUGAGGCCCCUGGAACACGGUGUCGAGGAAGUGAGCUUUUCGACACUACGAGAUGCCUUCCGCAGGGAGAUAUUGACCCCCGAUCCCUACGCGACAGGGCGCUGGUUAUAUCGCUUGACCAAAGCUUUUAGGACGUGCGGACCUAGGAUAGCAUUCCAGAUUUACUUGGACAGUCUAGGUGGGGGAUUCUUUGAUUCAAAUAAUCAGACCGUCCGUUACGAUGGUUUUGGAUGUAUUGAAUUCAGCGAUAUAAGCUACAUCGAGCAGCAGAUCGGGAACGGCAUUGACGAUGAGUUUGAGAACGAUUGCAAUUGA